AUGGAAUCGAAAGUCGAAAUAAGUGAGACACAAACCCAGAAAAAGGUGCCAAAGCCGUUUUCCAUCGAAUCUCUAAUUGGAGAUCGGAAAUCACCAGAAAUAGAUAUAGAAAACAAUAUUUCUGAGAGUUCCAGAAAUUCAGAAGAAGAUGAGAAUGAGAGAUUAGAAGGAUUAAACCAGAUGAGAUAUUAUGCGCCAUUUUUGCAACAAAAUGGCUUCCCGUUUUUACUGGGAUACCCUGAGCCGUGGUUGUCAAGAGUGCUCGGUUCCGUACCGGCCCCAGUGAGGGAAAAUCGUGAAGAGGAGAAGAGGGAGAGUCCUGAAACGACUCGGAGCCAGACCAAGAAGACUCGACAGACACAGCACGAGAGAGUAAAGCAAGAAGAAGAAGAACUGCCUUCACAUCGGAACAGCUCCUCGAGUUGGAGAGAGAGUUUCACGCCAAGAAGUAAAAAUAUGGUUCCAAAAUCGUCGAGCGAAAUGGAAACGCGUCAAAGCGGGCCUCGCGUCCGGGAGUCACUCAAGCAAAAAUGGUUCGGGCACCAAAAUAGUCGUACCCAUACCAGUUCACGUAAACAGAUUCGCGAUUCGAACUCAACACCAUCAAAUGGAGAAACAGAAUCUUCAAUAUCGAUUAGAAAGACAGCAGCCACUACCAGGUAG